AUGAAGGAAACCCAAAAAGGGAAGCCCCAAAUUUUAUUUCCUCCUCUGCCUGAACCCGCCGCCGCCGCUGCUGAGGAACCGGCGAGUGGCCGUCGUUCUAAGCUUCAUGUUCGGUUGAGGGCGCCGCCCCUCUCAUCCGAUUCACCUUCCUCAGUCUCGACGAAGCAACCCAACCGAGCCCUAGGUUCCUUCGGCUCAAGCGACAUCGCCGCCACUGCCUGGGCUCGAUCGCGCUUCAGAAAUUCCGGCGGAGUCGACGCCGCUCUUCGGCUUUGCCUGAAAACUGGCGUCCCUCCUCCCACUUCACAGAUGCGAGGUAGAAAGGAGGUGAGCCCUAAUUUCCUGGAUCAGAAAUCGCCUCCACCGCCGUCACCGGAAAACCAGCGAGCGAGGUUGAAAAUUCAAGAAGGAAGUUUGCAGCUGAAUUGUUACAGGCGUGAAUUUGAAGCUCUUUCCGGCCUUCUUCGGCAGGCUGUAACACGCCAGUUAAUUCAUGGUGCUCGCAUUUGCCGUACUGCACCCCAUAUUAGCCAUCUUCUCUUUGCCGAUGAUUGUAUCAUUUUUGGGAGGGCAAACUCCACUGAAAUUGGUGAGAUUCGUGAUAUUCUCAGGCAAUAUGAGUCGGAUUCUGGGCAGUUGGUAAAUUUAGAGAAAUCAUCUAUUUUCUUUAGUGGAGGUAUCACGGUGGAAACAAAGCUUUUGUUAGCCAGGCAGAUGGGUGUCCAAUGUCAAGGCCAACUGGGGACCUACCUGGGGAUUCCUAGCAUAGUUGGAAGAUCAAAAAUAGAAAUUUUUCAGAUGCUUGUGGAUCGUAAGAGAAAAAAGUCAAAAGAUUGGAAGCGUCGGUUUCUGUCAGGGGUUGGGAAAAUGAUUUGCCAGCGACUUAAUAGUGUGGCGGCUAGUUUCUUUUGGGGACAGAAAAAUGACGAAAAAAGAAUUCAUUGGAAAAGUUGGAGAGCUCUUUGCAUGUCUAAAGAUGAUGGUGGCCUUGGUUUCCGGGAUAUUAGGAGGUUUAACCAAGCUUUGCUUGCCAAGCAGGUUUGGCGCCUUACCCAGAAUGAAGAUUCACUUUUGGCCCGUUCUCUGAAAGCUCGGUAUUUUCCGAGGUCUGAUAUUUUGCUUGCUGGUUCGGAACGGGUUUUAGCUAGCUCGCUGCUGUUGGAAGAGGCUUAUGUGUGGGAUCCGGAUCGCUUGGCUGAGCUUUUGCCUCUUUCAGAGAUGUGGAAGGUUACUACGUCCCUUGUUUCGAAUUCAACCUCUCAAGAUAGGAUUUUCUGGCCAGAUGCGAAAGGUAAUGGUUAUUCUGUAAAGUCUGGCUAUCGUUUGGCUGAUUCAAUCAUCCGAAGGAAUGAAGCUUCGUCCUCAUCUAAUAAUGUUGAUCUUUGGAGAUGGAUUUGGAGAUGUGGUGAAGCAGAGGAAACUACAGAGCAUGUGAUUAUGGAAUGCAAAUGGGCUAGCUUCCUCUGGGCAGUUUCACCUUUGCAACUUCCUACCAUUUUACCGGAUGAGAGACGAAGCUUUUCUGAUUGGCUUCAGGUUAUCCGCAAUCUCCCUCACAAAGAAAUCCAUAAUACUUUUGCUAACAUUGCCUGGACUAUUUGGUUCUCUCGUAAUAUGUUGCUGUUUCAAGGAAAAGAUAUUUCGCAUGUCGAUUGUCUCCUGCUUGCUAAACGCGUUGUAUGGACUAAGAGUAUCAGCGAUUCCUCUCCUCAGCUGCCCCCAACCAGCCUUGCUUGCUGUCAUCCAAACCAAGUGAAAGUUUGGUGCGACGCGGCUCUUGAUCCGAAUUCUGGUCUGGGGUCUGGGGUGUUGCUUAAAGACUUUGCUGGUGCGAUUAUUGGAUGCAGGUAUGGCUUCAUACAUGGGAUUUUUCUUCCAGUUGAGGCGGAAGCUAUUGCGAUUUCGGAGGGGAUUGUCUUGUGUCAAGAACGGAGAUGUGAAGAUGUGAUUUUAGAGACAGAUUGCCAGUCCCUUUUCUGGUCGCUGAGGAAGCAUGAGCAUGAUUUUUCGUACCUAGGUAAAACGUUGAAAGUCAUACACACAGCUGCUCAAACUUUUCGAACCCAUGCUUUCAGUUGGACGCCGCGUGAAGGAAAUGCUAUAGCGGAUAAGUUAGCCAAAUUUGCUUUAUGUAAUAGAGUUGCUAAAGUCUCGGUUGAGAGCCUCCCCCAUGUUUAA